AUGAGCGCCCAGGCCAAGCCCCUCUCCUACAUGGAGAAGCUCUCUAACGAAGUCUUUGUUUAUCGCCCUUCUGAACCCGCGGCGCCGGACUCUCCAAAGAUCAUCAUCAUCGCUAGUUGGACCAAUGCGCUUGAUAGCCAUAUCGCCAAGUAUGUCGACAAGCACAAGGAGUUAUACCCAACUUCCCAACUUGUUCUUGUGAAGAGCUACAACAAGAACUUUUUCGACCUAAAGGCUCUCGCUGAAUCGCCGAGGCCAGCUGUGCCAGUCAUUCGAGCCUCAUUCCCAGACGCCCCAUCAUCGACGACUAAGCCAGAAAUCAUGAUUCAUCUCUUCUCAAAUGGCGGUUCGUCAAAUGUCUCAUCGUUAUAUGAUGUGUAUGCUGCGACUGCCCAAGAAGGCGAAGAUCCCUGGCUUCCGCCCCACGUAACAGUGUUCGACUCAGCGCCGGGUGCUCAGCGCCUCACCAACACGGCAGCAUUCUUCAAAUCUACUAUUCCAAAGUCAUACAGUUGGGUUUGUAUGCCAUUUGUCUAUGGUGUUGCAGCUGCAUGGCAGGUCGCCUGGUUUCUCGGUCUCACGAAAGAUUGGCUGGCUUUCUGGGGCUCGACACAUAAUACCGCUCUGGGCAAGAGUGAGCGUGAGAUUCGACGAACGUACAUCUAUAGUGAGGGGGAUAAGCUGGUUGGCUAUAGAGAUCUGGAGGCGCAGGCUUCUGAGGCGGAGAAGCUGGGAUUUGAUGUUCAUCUGGAGAAGUUUGAUGGGUCUCUUCAUGUUGCGCAUGCGAGAAAGGAUGAGGCGAGAUAUUGGAGCGCAGUCCAGGAGACUUGGAGUGGUUUUGAGUAG